CGGAGUCACCCGGAUCGGCCCGCCCGCCGCCGGCGAGGGGAGGUGACCGCGGCCCGGCCGGGCCACCAGUGGCCGUGCGCGGAGGGAACGCCGAGCGUAGAGAGCAGCCCGGGAAGCAUGGAGCCUGGAUCCGUGGUCCGAGCCAUCUUUGACUUCUGCCCUAGCGUCUCAGAGGAACUGCCGCUCUUCGUGGGCGACGUCAUUGAGGUGUUGGCCGUGGUGGAUGAAUUUUGGCUCCUAGGGAAGAAGGAAGAUGUGACAGGACAGUUCCCCAGCAGUUUUGUGGAGACCAUGACAAUUCCCAGUCUGAAAGAGGGAGAGAGGCUAUUUGUCUGCAUCUGCGAAUUCAUAUCUCGGGAGCUGAACAGCCUUUCCCUCCAUCGAGGUGACCUGGUGAUUCUCGAUGGCGCUCCCACUGCAGGAUGGGUGCAGGGCCGCAGCUGUUGGGGCGCCCGGGGCUUCUUCCCGUCCUCUUGCAUCCAUGAGCUCUGCCUCUCCUCUCAGAGCCGGCAGUGGCACUCACAGAGUCUGCUGCUUCCGCCUUCAGAAUACGCUAUGGGCCAAGCCCGGGCCCUCAUGGGCCUUUCUGCGCAGUUGGACGAGGAGUUAGAUUUCAGGGAAGGAGAUGUGAUCACCAUUAUCGGGGUGCCUGAGCCAGGCUGGUUUGAAGGAGAGUUAGAGGGUCGAAGGGGCAUUUUCCCAGAAGGUUUUGUAGAGCUGCUGGGGCCCCUAAGGACUGUGGAUAAGUCACUAAACUCUGGAUGUGGAGAUGACUCCACCGUCAAUGGUGAAGUGGAUGUCUCCCCAGAAGAAGUGGAGAGUGGGGGUGAUGAGGACGACCAGCCGACAGGGAACUAUGGGAUUGCCCUCUACAAAUUCCAAGCCCUGGAGACGAAUGAGUUGGAUUUUGAAGUCGGGGACAAAAUUCAAAUUCUGGGGACCUUGGAGGAUGGCUGGCUGGAAGGACGUCUGAAGGGCAAGACAGGUGUUUUUCCCCAUCGCUUUGUGAAAUUAUGUUCUAGCAACAGGACAGAGGAAACCACGGCUCAGCCCCAGGAGGAAAGCUUCCCCAAGAACUCUGAAAACUCCACGGGUGAGUCAGGGGACCCCGUGGUGGAAGAAGCAAGACAGGAAGCACAGGAGUGUGAAGAAGAAGAAAGCCCUGACUGUGCUCUUCCAGAACAAGCCUCUGUGUCCCAAGAUCAUGUAGCACCCGAGUGUACUGCAGAUAAGAUCUCUGGUCAGGAUGAAGAUGUCUCAGGAAGCUCCCCAGAUGUGGAUCUUGAAAGGCCUCUUGCUAAAGACCUUUCCACACCUGACCCCUCAGAGGAAGUCACUGGUAUUUCUUCCCAGCCUCAGGUACCUCUUCGUCCCAGAGUGCAGAAGAGCCAACGUUGUUUACCAGCAGCAGGAGAGAGCCACCAAAGCUCAGACCCAUUCUCUGAGCUUGUCCCUCUAGAAGCCAGGACCAGAGACUAUUCCAGCCUGCCUCCGAGAAGGACGUACACUCAGUGGUGUUCGCUCCAGAAGCCAGUGCCCCACCUCCAGAGGGCCUCCUCCCUUACAGCCUCAAGGCUAGACAGACCUAGCCACUUUGGCCAUCCAGCCAUGGCUAGCUACGCUCAGAAGUACCAAACAGCUACAGAAAAUACUGCCAGCCUCUACUGUGCACCAGAGAGACCAGAGAGGAGGCCUGGCCUACCAGAUAGCGGGCCUGCCACAGAAAUAACCACAGCGUCACAGGGGGACAGCCUGGACCUAGAUUCCAAGUUGACCCAACAGCUGAUAGAGUUUGAGAAGAGUGCAUCAGGGCCCAGCACGGAGCCAGAGAAAAUUGUACGCCGCUUCUCAAUCAUGGACUUUUACUCUGAGAAGGAUAUCGUGAGAGGUUCCUCAGACUCACUGACCUUACAGGCUUUCCCCGAGAGGAGAAAGGUCCUGAGGCCACCGCCGCCUAGACCCUGUACCCCAACACCCAUUUCUCCCCAUUUGCUGGUUGACCAGAGCCCGAAACCUGUGCCCGCCUUGGUUGUACGGCCCUCCCGGCCAGCCCCCCUGCCCCCUCCUACCCAGCAGAGGAUGAACACAGCCUCCCCCAAGCCCACCUCCUGUGCCCAUCCCAGUUGGGAGGUCCCAGAGAAGGAGAGCUCGGAGCACAUGGAGAAGAGCCCAGCCCAGCCCUUUCUGUGCCCCUCUGUGCUGGCGAGGAUUCAGGACGUGGAACAUGACUUGGACGUGUGCACCAGAGCUCAGGAAGCGCUGAGCUUGCUGUUAGAGGAAAAGCAAGAUGAAUCGUCGAGGGCGGAGGCUCUUGAGACUCUCAGAUCCUAUGAGAGCACGAUUCAGAGUCUGAACCUGGAGCUCCAGCAGCUGAGAGACAUGACGCUCCUCUCCUCCCAGUCUUCACCCCUGGCCGCUCCCUCUGGGUUUGUGUCCACUGAGAAGCCAGAGCAGAGGAUGCUGGAGAAGAGAGCCAUGGUGGUGACGGAGCUUUUGCAGACGGAGAGAGACUACAUCCGGGAUCUGGAGAUGUGCAUCGAGAGGGUCAUGGUGCCCCUGCAGCAGGCACAGGUCCCAAACGUUGACUUCGAAGGCCUCUUUGGAAAUAUGCAAGCAGUGAUCAAAGUCUCAAAGCAAUUGUUGGCCGCCUUGGAAAUCUCCGAUACUGUAGGACCCGUGUUUCUUGAUCACCGGGACGAACUUGAGGGAACAUACAGGGUUUACUGCCAGAACCACGAUGAAGCCAUCUCGCUACUAGAGAUCUACGAGAAGGAUGAGACGAUCCAGAAGCACCUUCAGGACUACUUGGCAGAUCUCAAGAGCCUGUACCACGAAUGGGGAUGCACCAAUUAUAUCAACCUGGGCUCCUUCCUCAUCAAGCCUGUACAGAGAAUAAUGCGUUACCCGCUGCUGCUGAUGGAGUUGCUGAAUUCCACCCCAGAAUCCCACCCGGAUAAAGUGCCUUUAACCAGCGCAGUCCUCGCCGCCAAGGAAAUCAAUGUUAACAUUAAUGAAUAUAAGCGUCGGAAGGAUUUAGUGCUUAAGUACCGCAAAGGGGAUGAAGACAGCCUCAUGGAGAAGAUCUCCAAGCUGAACAUCCACUCCAUCAUCAAGAAGUCCAGCCGUGUUAGCAGCCACCUGAAACACCUCACCGGCUUCGCGCCGCAGCUCAAAGAUGAAGUGUUUGAAGAGACAGAAAAGAACUUCCGGAUGCAGGAGAGAUUGAUUAAAUCGUUCAUCCGAGACCUGUCCCUCUACCUCCAGCAUAUACGGGAAUCUGCUUGUGUGAAGGUGGUGGCCGCCAUGAGCAUAUGGGACCUGUGCAUGGAGCGGGGACACCAUGACCUGGAGCAGUUCGAGAAGGUGCACCGCUACAUCAGUGACCAGCUCUUCACACGGUUUAAGGAGAGGACUGAGCGGCUUGUCAUCAAUCCCUUGAACCAGUUGUUGAGCAUGUUCACGGGGCCCUACAAGCUGGUGCAGAAGCGCUUCGACAAGCUCCUGGACUUCUACAACUGCAGCGAGCGGGCCGAGAAGCUCAAGGACAAGAAGACUCUGGAGGAGCUGCAGUCAGCGCGAAACAACUAUGAGGCCCUGAACUCGCAGCUGCUGGACGAGCUGCCCAAGUUCCAGCGGUACGCCCAGAGCCUCGUCACCAACUGCAUCCACGGCUACGCCGAGGCCCACUGUGACUUCGUGCAGCAGGCCCUGGAGCAGCUGCAGCCCCUGCUGUCGGUCCUGAAAGGCACCGACCGAGAGGGCAACUUGAUCGCCAUUUUCCAUGAGGAGCACAGCCGGGUUCUACAGCAGCUCCAAGUGUUUACUUUCUUCCCCGAGUCCCUCCCAGCUCCCAGGAAGCCCUUUGAGAGGAAAACCACAGACCGCCAAUCGUCGCGGAAGACCCUUCUGGGCAUGCCAAGCUACAUGCUGCAGUCCGAAGAGCUGCGGAGCUCCCUGCUGGCCAGGUACCCACCGGAAAAGCUCUUCCACGUCCAGCGGAACUUCAACGCUGCUCAGGACUUGGAUGUCUCCCUUAUGGAAGGUGACCUGGUGGGUGUGAUCAAAAAGAAAGACCCCAUGGGCAGCCAGAACCGCUGGCUCGUGGACAAUGGAGUCACCAAAGGCUUUGUCUACAGCUCCUUCCUGAAGCCUUACAAUCCCCGCUGCAGCCACUCGGACGCCUCCGUGGUCAGCCACUCCUCCACAGAGUCAGAGCACAGCGGCUCCUCACCCAGGUUCCAUCGUCAGAACAGCCACAGCGCCCUGACCUUCAAUCCCAACAACAUGACAGUGUCCUUCACCUCAGGACUUCCCCUCACACAGCCUCAGGAAGCAUCUCCACUGAAGGACUGUGUCCUCAAAACUCUCAGUGUGCCCUUGAACACGGGGAAUCCAGAAACUGGACCUUCCUCAUGCUCUUCAGACCCAGGCUUGUCCUGCCAGCGCAGGCCAGGGAACCCUGCAGAUGGCGCCAGAGAAAUCAGCCAACCUGCUUCAAGCUUGAGGGGCUGCCAUCGGGGCUCCCCGCAUUCAGAAGCAGUCGGUUACUCUGUGCCAGGGCGAAAUGACCAAGGCGGUGAUUCCAUAAAAGGAAAUACAAGAGCCUGUCAGACUCCAGAAAACAGAGACAGAAGGCUCGGAAGCAGUGAGACAGAGGGCAACCAGGUCUAUUUUGCCAUCUAUACCUUCAAGGCACGGAACCCAAAUGAACUGAGUGUGUCAGCCAAUCAGAGACUCAGGAUCCUUGAGUUUAAAGACGUCACAGGCAAUACAGAGUGGUGGUUGGCUGAAGUUAACGGAAGGCAGGGCUACGUCCCAUCCAACUAUAUCAGAAAAACCGAAUACACCUGAGCAAGUUGCCUCCCAUCCCCCCCUUGCUGCCGCUGCUUUCAGCCCGCCGGAAGGGUGGCUCCAGGCGCAUGCGCCCAAGCAGGGUCCUGCCACACUGCCUAUCUACCAGGCGGAGCACAGAUAAGCUUUGUUCUGAUUGGGUUGUACACUUUGAUGCUCGCUAGAAUUUGAAGUGGCUGGACCCCAAAGGUUUGCCAGUAGUUCUGUGUCCACAGAAGCAGGCCAAGCGCUGGUGUCAGCUUUGGGAAAUGAUAAGUUCCCAAUCAGAAAAGCAGUAUUGUACGCAGGAAGCUGUGUCAGCGUCGGCAGCCGCUGGCAUUGGUAGCCUCGUACUCCGCGGUCAACUGAGCAGUCACCGACGAGGAGAAGCAGGCUCCAAGAACUCCUCCAUCGUGCCUCCAUACACGGGAACAGUUUUGUCAGGAUCACACCGCGGCUCGCGUGUAAAAGUGUCUGAGACACCCCGGUGCCCCGCAGCCUUCGCUCUGACACUCGACCCUCAUUCCUAGUUCUUAACACACUAACCUUUCACCGCUUCCCGGUUGAAUGUUUACACUCUAACUUUUCUCCUGACAUGUGUCUGGAAGGUUCUCUCACCUUGUGGAACAUGGUCAUCUGCCUCUUCCCUGACACUCACUUCAACUUUAUUUGAUCUCUGUGGUAUCUCCUAACCUUUCUCCCUGUACUGACGGCCUUCCCUAGACUAGUGGGCUCUGCACUCCGGCCAGCCACUGAACGUUUUCAUUCUUCCGGCUGAAGCAGGGUGCCUGCCCCGCCCCCUUCCACCCUUGCACUCUGCUUCCAUCUAGUUGCCUCCACGCGUGCUCAAGACAACCACGUGGCUUAUCUGAAGUAGAUAGGAUCAGUGGCCCCAGAAACUUGUCUUAGAGUUGGAAAUAAGAAUUUUCCUUCUCACCACCAACUGCCAUACUUCAGAGACACUAUUGAAAGUCAGACAUGCUAAAGUGCCUAAUGAGACCUCAAACCCAAGACUGGAAGAUGGUUGCUACAGCCUCAUGCGAGGAAAUGGCCCCAGAGACUUGUCUCAGCGUGGGCCGUAGACGCCAGAUCUUCCCCAGCCUUCCGGCUGCUGCUCUUCCAGCUGCACAUUUGGCCUUAAAAUCCUGGUGAAUCAGGCCAUGCCUGUGGACACCCGUCCACGGCUGCACCACUGGUCCGAGCCUCCUAUGAAGUGUUUAUAUUUAGAAAGGUUUAUAUUUAAGUAGCAAUUUUAUAAAUAAAAGCGUUUCUAUUGAC